GGGAUGUGGCCAGGCAGGAGGCCCAUGUGCCGCCUGUGACUUCAGACAUCCCUAGAGAGGAAGCAGUAGCUGGGAGACCUGGCAGUAAUCCUAGGCCAAGGUGGGGCUGAGGUGCCCCUAGGAGAUCUGUGGGGUAGGGUUGCAGAUAAAUCCAAGGGUUACAAUCUAGAAUCUUCUGCUCAGAAACUCCUACCCUGAAGGUGGAAUUCUAGUAAGGGCUCAGCCAAGAAGAUCUCCAGGGCUCUUCUGGGGACACACCACUGACAGGUGUUUCCCUGGGAGGAGUGGGCCUGCAUGGACACUGCCAUCAGCAGCAGAGACUUCCGCUGCCUGCAGCUGGCCUGUGUGGCUCUGGGCCUGGUGGCUGGCAUCAUCAUCAUUGGCGUCUCGGUGUCCAAGGCCGCAGCUGCUGUGGGUGGUAUCUUUAUUGGUGCCGCUGGUCUGGGCUUCCUCAUGCUGGGCUACCCCUUCCUAAAGGCACGGCUCAACUCGGACCACAUCCUGCCCAUGAUAGGGAACCUGAGGAUUCAUCCCCACCCAGGGCCAGACCAUGGGGAGGGACAGUCCAGCACCAAUGGCAACAAAGAGGGAGUCCGAAGCAGCCUGUCAACUGUGAGCCGGACACUGGAGCGGCUGAAGCCAGGGGGCCGAGGGACUGGGGAGGGUUGAGGCAGCAUAAGGGGAUGCCUCUGCUCAGUCCUCCUUUCUGACCUGCUACCCCAGUCUUAGAGUUCUCCUAGGUGCAAACCAGAGGUGAAUCUGCCCCUGAAGAUAGUGGAUCUGUGUGCUCCUAGGCCCAAGGCUUUUGGAAAGAUGUCUCUGUGAGUAGGGACAGGGCUUGAAGCAAGGAGUUCCUGAAGGUCUCCACAGGGCUGCCCACUUUUAGGUUCCUGACCUGGACUUUCCUUACAGACUGCAGCUCAGUUUCUCUCACUCUUUGAUAGAUUACUUGUUUUUUUUCCCCUGGGGCUUAGAACCCAAGGAACCCCCAGCCCCUGCUUCAGCCUGGCUGCAGAUAUAAAUCACAGGUCCACAGGAAGGGGGGGGGGCUGAUGAAGCUCCACAGUCACCACAGCACAGUCUGGACAGAGGGGAGGACCAGUUUCUUUUCAGAUUACCAGAACUCCAGAGAACACCCCAGGGACGGGGCCUGAGCAGCAAUUAAUCUGACAAGCACAGCCUUGAGAUGCUCACAGCCCCCAGACUUAAAACAAAACAAUAUAAACCCAUUACAGUUGUGACAAGAGCCCAAAUAAAGCCAGAACCUGCAGGUUUCCAAGAAGAAGUAGCUCUCAAGUGGAAUGGAACCCUGCCUGGAGACAUGUGGCCUGGGAUUCUUCUCCAUCAUUCAAGGCUUGUUGCGGAGCUGGUUCCAGACAAGUCUUCAGGCAGGGUUCCUCAUCUCCUUAUGGCCCCAGAGCCAACUAAAUAUAUUCCUCCCCAAGCCUGGCUUGUGUUCCCCUGGGUACUCCCUGCUUCUCUCUGCCUAUUAAGACUUCCUGCCUUUAAAAUGUGAUUCCCAGGGUGGCUGGGGAAAGAGUUCAGCUGGAAGAACAUCAGAUUCUGAUAUCUGUGGUUCCAGGUUCAACCCCUGGCACCACAUGUACCAGAGCAAUGCUCUAGCUUGGCUCUCUCUCCUCUCUGCCUCAUAUAAAACUAGCUCUCUAGGGGGUUGGGCGGUAGUGCAGUGGGUUAAGCGCAUGUGGUGUGAAGCACAAGGACCUGAGUAAGGAUCCUGGCUCAAGCCCCUGGCUCCCCACCUGCAGGGGAGUCAAUUCACAAGCAGUGAAGCAGGUCUGCAGGUGUCUAUCUUUCUCUCCCCCUCUCUAUCUUCCUUUCUCCAUUUCUCUCUGUUCUAUCCAACAGUGAUGGCAAUAAUAACUACAACAACAAAAGCAAGGGCAAUAAAAGGGAAAAUAAAUAAAAUUUUUUUUAAACUAGCUCUUUCUCUCAUGUACUAUAUUAAAAAAAAUGAAUAACCAGUUGGGGGUAGACAGCACAAUGGUUAUACAAACAGACUCUCAUGCCUGAGGCUUCGUCAAGUUCCAGGUUCAAUCCCCCGCACCACCAUAAGUCAGAGCUAAGCAGUGCUCUGGUAAAUAAAUAAAUAAAUAAAAAUAAAAAAUAACCAGUUCCCAGAGUCCCCUCACCCAUAAUGAGUCCCCUUCACCCUGUUCCACCAUGGCCUGUGU